AUGUCCCCACGCUCUGGCUGUAUUUCUAUGUGUCCUCUGCCUGUAGCCCUGUCCAUUCGCGCCAACGUGCACUUGCAGCAAUACCUUCACGCGUCCCUGUUCAAUUUUGCACAUCACCCACUUCUACGUCGAAGUGCCAAACGAGGAUAUGUCUCCACCUCAACCGCCUUCAUCAUCAUCGUCUUUCAAUGCGGGCAGAUCUUCGUCCACCCUAGUAUACAGGCAAAACCACUUACUCCUUCACCCGUCUUCCUCCAUGUUGGCAACAUCGACACCGGUGCAGGAUACGCCCUACUCAAGUGGGCCAACAACUCCUGUGUAGGUGCAGAUUUUGCCGCCACUCACACUGUUGUAGCUGGGCGGGGGAUACGAGCUACAAUCAUUGAGAAAAACACAGUGACUAAAGAUACGAUGGAAGAUGCAAACGUGUAG